AUGAUUGAUGCUGCUUUUAUUGAGGGGCUUGGUGUCGGUGUUCAGGAACCGGAUGCUGUAGCCCAGAGUGUGGCACUUCUCUUUAGCGACCAGAAGCGCCAUGAGGAUGUGAUAUACAACUGGGAGGGGAAUUAUCUGGAGGUUAACAAGGCAGAAGGUGGAUUGCUGGCGACUGCGGAUGGAAUACUUGUGAAUUCAGUCAAUGAGGAAUCUGUUGUGCGGAAGUUCAGAGAAGGAAACAUGCUCGGUUAG